AGAUAGCUUUACUCGGCAGACAGCUGUGGUUGGAAACAAGUGGUAUCAACAAAAAAAAAAAAGGUUUCAGAUACAGAUAGCAGCUCUCAGACCAAACCAUACAGCCUAAAGCUUUGGGCAGCUUCCUGAUGUUUCUGAAAUCUCACCUACUCCUCAGUUCUGGAUGCAUACAGAGUACAACAUGAUCGUGAUUCUCCUUCUGGCUUUGCUCCAGAUAUUAGCCAACGGGGUGGAAUUGUCAGCAUGGCAGAACCACAAGGGACCUGACCCUGAAGAAGCAGCAGUGGCAGCAGCUGAGUUUCCAGCACCUUCAGCAGUGUUGAGGAGGAGAAAGAGAGAGUGGGUGAUUCCACCAAUAAACAUCCAAGAGAAUGACAGAGGACCUUUCCCCAAACACUUGAUUAAAAUCAAGUCCAGUUAUGCUAAGGAAGUUAAGGUGGUGUACAGCAUCACUGGUGAAGGAGCUGACCAGGAUCCAAAAGGACUUUUCACUGUAAAAAGAAACGAUGGCUCGCUCUAUGUAACAAGGACACUAGACAGAGAGGCCAAAGAUAAAUAUGUGCUUCAAGCUCAUGCUAUUGCAGUUGAUGGUGAGGAUCAGGAAGAUCCCAUGGAGAUUAUUGUCUAUGUAAUUGAUAUGAAUGAUAACACGCCUGUCUUCACCCAAGAUCCUUUCCUUGGCAGUGUUCCAGUAGCUUCAGCAAUAGGAUUUGAGUUCAUGACGGUCACAGCUGCUGACACAGAUGACCCCAACACUGACAAUGCUGAUGUCAGAUACUCCAUCAUCAGUCAGAAUCCACAACAGCCAGAUCCAGUCAUGUUCGUCAUUAAUCCUGUAACUGGAGCGAUUCGAGUGAAUGCUGUAGGACUGGACAGAGAGAAAUAUCCUGAAUACACAUUGAAGAUUACUGCUGGAGAUAUGCAGGGUAAAGGACGCGUAGGCACUGGAACAGCAGUUAUUACUAUAACAGACAGCAACGACCACGCGCCCCAGUUUGAAAAGACGCUGGUAAGGCAGUACAGUGUGUCUGUCCCAGAAAAUGAAGUUGGAGCUGUGGUGGUGAAGCUGCCAGUGACUGAUGAAGAUGAACCUCAGUCUCCUGCCUGGACAGCCAAGUUCAGGAUCAUUAGUGGUAACAAUGGUGGAUUUUUCGCCGUUAACACAGGACCAGACAAACAGGAGGGCAUCAUCACUACUGUUAAGCCAUUGGACUUUGAGCAGAACAGCAAGUUCACUCUGUUGGUGGUUGUGGAGAACGAUGUUCCAUUUGCCAAACCCCUGACCACUUCCACUGCCACGGUCACUGUGAAUGUUCUUGAUGUGAACGACGCUCCAGUGUUUGACCCAGAGGAGAAAAUCAUUUCCAAACGUGAAGACGUGGCGGUUGGUAGUGAACUAAUAAUGUACACUGCAACUGAUCCAGACACAGCGAGGACUCAGAAAGUGACGUACCGUGUAGGUUCUGAUCCUGCUGGAUGGCUGAGAGUUGAUGGAGAGACCGGACUGGUCAAAGUGAGGAGCCCCAUGGACAGAGAGUCUCCUUUUGUGAAAAAUUAUAAAUACAAAGCUCUGAUAUUAGCCAUGGAUGACGAUCCAGUUCCAGCUACCGGUACAGGAACUCUUGCGAUUGAGUUGGAGGAUGUGAAUGAUAACGCUCCCACUAUUGAAGAGAAGAUGAUCAGAGUGUGCAAUAAGCAGUCAGCUCUAGUUCUGUUGUCUGUGACGGAUAAAGACGGGCCUGGCUUCGCUGCUCCGUACAGAGUGGAACUCCGAGGAGACAGCAGGAACCCUUAGGAGACAAGAUGAGACUAACAUAAUCAAAAAUAAGCAUGGAUAAAAUUGAAUGUAUCCAGUUAUAGAUUUCUGAGAUGUAGAGUCUACAUAAAUGUAAAUAUUGUUUAGCUAAGACUGGGGUGAAAUGUAUAUGGCAGUGUAGCGCACAGCUUUUUAUUUAACGUAUUGGGGAAAAAAUAAAAAUGACAAUGUUUCCAGUCUGUUAAAUUCAUCAGAUUAAAAAUAUUGUCUUAUAAAUUAUAAGGAAACCUACUUCUCAGCACUGUUUUAUAACAGUGUAUGUUUUUGAUACGAAUACUCUGUAGCUAAUUUCACUAUGCUGCAUUUUUUCAAACCUGUUCUGAACAUUUAUUUGCAAAAUUCACAAAUUAUGUUUUUCUAAUACGC